UCCUUCUCGCUAGGGGGCGGUGAUUGAAAGCAGGGGGCGCGCUGGUGCCUGGGUAAUCGAGGAAACUAAAAGAGAUUUCUCUCCGUAGCUAACAGUAGCUAGCCGGCUAAUCUCCUGCACAACGCAGUUUGUGAUUGUUUUAUCGCCCGUUUCAAUGUUUGUGUCUUCUUGUCCGUUAUAAUACAGUCAUUUUCUAAUACGCCGCCAGUGACAAAAGUGAGGCAGACACCGACGGACAAGUUUAAAUCCGCUGGAUGUUUGGCCACUGUUGCUUUCUCCCAGGAUGCUAGCACAUAAGCAAAGCAGCUAGCUAGCCGACCUGCUAAAGUAGCCAAAUAGCAGCAGUGUCCGGAUGCUUUGAACAGCAACGCAGCGGAUUUUGGUGGAGUUCCUAGUCGUCCUUGCAUUAUGUCAAGCAACCGGCCACAGCAAAGCGCUGGCGGGGCGAGUUCAGUGCCCAGCACAAGUAGCAGCAGCAACAGCAGCACGGGAGGCACCGGGAACACUAACGGGAGCGGUGGGAGCAGCGCCGUCACAAGUAAUGGGAACAAUUCUGGAAAUGUUGUGCCCUCCCGGACCUUGGCACCAGCCAGCGACGGGGGCUUGUCGGUGCCAACUUUGGCCGCCGUGCCGUCGUCCCGGAACGGGUUGGCUUCCCUGAGCAGACCCUCUGCGUCCUCAGGCAGCAGGAAGAAAUCCCUCCAUCAAGCACCGCUUUACAACGGCCUCUUAAAUUCCUACGAGGAUAAAAGCAACGACUUUGUCUGCCCCAUUUGCUUCGAGAUGAUCGAGGAGGCACACAUGACGAAGUGUGGACACAGUUUUUGUUUCAAGUGCAUCCGACAGAGUCUUGAGGACAGCAACAGGUGUCCAAAGUGUAACUAUAUCGUCGACAACGUGGAUCAGCUUUACCCAAACUUUCUUGUAAAUGAGCUGAUCCUUAAACAGAAACAAAGGUCGGAGGAGAAGAGACUACAAUUGGAUCACCCUAAUGGGUCAAGGUGGCAGGUGUUCCAGGACGUGUUGAGUCCUGACCAGGAGAACUUGGACCUGGCAAAUGUCAAUCUGAUGCUGGAGCUUCUGGUCCAGAAGAAGAAGCAGUUGGAGGCA